CAAAAAUAAUUAUCAGUUAUUUAGAGAGAAGAAGACGCUCGAGAUGGGAAAAUUCAAACUCCUUUACUUUGCUAGUAAAGGCCGCGGUCAGCCGAUUCGUUUAUUGCUGCAUAUUGCUGGAGUUGAUUUCGAUGAUGUCAAAGUUACUCGCAAAGAAUGGAAGGAUAUCAAAGCAAAUAUGCCCCACCGGAAACUUCCCGUGCUAGAAGUUGAUGGAAAUCUAAUUUCACAAAGUGGUGCCAUUUUGCGUUAUCUAGGCAGAGAAUUUGGUUAUUACGGAAGCAACAACGUGGAAAAGACAAGAAUUGACGUCAUAUCUGGUGCUGUGGACGACAUAAUAUUCCUAAUGGAACGUUUAUUCUACAAUGAAACAGUAGAGGCGGCAAAAGAGAAAUUAAAAAAAGAAAUGGUGUCAUGGCGCCUGGAAGAAUUUCUUGGUAUAAUGGAGGAAACCCUUAAGGAAAAUCACAACGGCGAUACAUUCUUUGUCGGAGAUCAGGUAUCCAUUGCAGAUAUCCAGGUAUAUAAUGUAUUGGAUGUCAUACCUGAAUAUUUCUCUGAUCAUGCGAUCAACAUGCCUCCUAAGUUGACUGCAUUUGUGCAGAGAUUUAAAGAUAUUCAAAAUGUCAAAAACUUCCUGAACAAAACAUAGAUUAAACAACAAUCAUCACGCACAAAGAGAAAAAAGAGCUAAAGAAAAAUGGAUAGAUUUUUGGUGUAAGUGAAUAAGAGAAAACGAGUUUACUAUUAUUAAAAGUACAUGAAGUAGAUGAAAUAAAUCAUCAAUAUUUUU